UUUAGUGAGCGAGUGUACAUAGAAAUGCAGAAGUAAACGAAACUACAAUAUAUUUUGAGAUACUUAACUGGAUAUGCAAUUAAUUCAAACAAUUAAAUAUGAUAUUUUAUGUUUUUAGCAUUAAAAAAGCAACGUAUUGAAAUAGAACAGUGCUCCCCUAAAAAGAACAUUGAGCAGCAAAUUAAUGGCAAAGAUAUUAACGGUAAAAACAUGAAUGGUAUAGAUAUGAAUGGUAUAGAUAUGAAUGGUACAGCUAUGAACGGUAAAGAUAUGAACAAUGAUGAAAUAAGUGAUGAGGAUAUAUGUAUAGAUAAUGAGGAAAUAAGUAAUGUUAUACAAACACGAAGUAGGACGGUAAGAAAUACAAGGAAUACAAAAAAUACUACUAGGGCGACUACUGUCAGUAGGCGAACUAGGGGAAGG